UUUUCGGCUGCCAUGGACACAGGAACCUUGCCGGAUGCAGUGCCGUUCGUCCCCGGGCUUCUCUAUUACGUGGCGGUCCGCGACACCGAGGUGCCGCGCCCGAGCCCGUCCCGCACCGUGUUUUCCAUUGACAAGCAGCUCUUGUAUGCCAAUUUCUACCUCGACUUUGGCCCCCUCAACCUCGGCCAAACCUUUCAAUUUUGCCACAUUCUCAACCACGAAGUGGCAAAAGCCAAGGCGUCGUCCAAAGAAAUUGUGUUUUACUCGGCCCACGAUGGCAAGCGGCGCGCGAAUGCCAUCUGUCUCUUGGGCUGCUGGGGCAUCCUCUUCAACGGCAUGUCGGCGGUGGACGCCUUUGCGCCGUUCCAUGGCCUCGCGCUGCCCAGCUUUCACGAUGCGACGCCGUCCAUUUGCCUCUUCAAGCUCACGGUGCUCGACUGUUUGCGCGGCCUCGAGAAGGCGCUGUCGUGCAAGUACCUAUCGCCCGAGACCUUCAACAUUGAAGAAUACCAGCACUACGAACAAGUCGAGCACGGCGAUUUGAAUUGGCUCUCGCCAAAGUUCAUUGCGUUUGCGGGCCCGUACGACGAGUACAAGCAAACGAUCGAAGGGUACAUCUCGCUCACGCCCGAGCAUUAUCUUCCGUACUUCAAAGCGCACAACGUGACGCUCGUCGUCCGGCUCAACGAAAAACUCUACGACGAGAAGCGGUUCCUUGACGCAGGGAUUGACCACCUCGAGCUCUAUUACCCUGACGGUGGCAACCCGCCCGAGGCCAUUUUGCUCCAGUUCAUCCAAGCCUGCGAAGCCACGCGCGGCGCGGUCGCGGUGCACUGCAAGGCCGGCCUCGGGCGCACGGGCACAUGCAUUGGCGCGUACAUUAUGAAGCACGACAAGUUCUCGGCCAAAGAGUGCAUUGGGUGGCUGCGCCUCUGUCGCGCCGGCAGCGUCAUUGGCCCGCAGCAGCAGUACAUGGAGUCGAUCGAGAAGAAAAUGUGGCUUGCCAAGCGCCCAAUGACCGACGACGACGAUGCUAACAACGACGGAAGCUCGGCCGAGUCGCACAUUGUCGCGGUGUCGCCAUGCAAAACCAAGCAGCGCACAAGUGCCAACAUCUUCCGGUCGAGUUCCCCAGCGGUCGUUGUGCCGGGUGCAUCGUUGGUCAAGGCCAACCGCGCGGCACUGGCGCUGAGUCUCCCGGUCAAUGUCAACGCUGUCAGUAGUGCCACAGCGAUGGAACCGUCGCCCAAAACCCAAGGUGACAACCUCAUUGAGCUCAAGCACGGCCGGCUCAAGAGCCCCGUCAAGCCGUAAACAGAAAAAAAUGAACAAAUUUCGCAUUAUUUGCUAUGUAUGGAUAAUAUUGUCUUGUUGCCA